AUGCCGCUGCUUCCAACACACUCCAAGGCUGAAAGUGAGGACGUACCCAACAUGCCGUCCAUGUUGUCCGCACGCAGUGACAGUGGGCUCAGCUUUCAUGACGAGAAGAGCCUGGACACGACUGCCAACGAGAAGGACGCCCCCGUCACGACAGCGCGACCAACACAGCGCGUGAACCUGAAGGCCGCCGCGAUCAGUGAGCUACUCAGAUCAGUACCUCUACACCAACCUGAACUUCCCAUACCCCAUCUUCCUGACAUCAUUCCAUCUUGGGGGCGCUCGCGAAAUCUACCUCAAGUCGAUUCUGCCGAUCGGUGUCCUGUUCUCGGGCUCGCUCAUCCUCAGCAACUCGGCUUACCUGACAUGCUGAAGGCGUUCACGCCAGUCGCCAUCGUCCUGACGUCGGCGCUCUUCGGAAUCCAACCUCUGAACCACAAGCUGCUGGCGAUCGUUUUGCUAAUCUCGACUGGUUGCGCGCUUGACCAGUGCCGUUGUGUCGUCGCGACUCGUCAUGAUCCAGGUCCUCCUGCAGGGUCUGAAGAUGGACCCGCUGUGCUCAUUGCACUACUACGCACCCAAGGGCUCGCGCCGUUCCAGGCAAUCCCGCGUAUCGGCUUCUUCAUCAUGUCAACAAACGCGCUCUGCGCGUUCCUCCUGAACGUCGCCGCCGUGUUCCUUAUCGGCGCGGCUGGCGGCCUCGUGCUCACUCUCGCCGGCGUGUUCAAGGAUAUUCUCCUCAUCUCGUCCAGCGUCAUCUUCUUCGGCUCGUCCGUCACUGCCGUCCAGGUGUUCGGAUACUCGCUCGCGCUGGCCGGUCUCAUGAUCUACAAGAACACGGCGUCGAGUAACAAGAAGUAG